AUGGCGACGAUUUGGAUGAUGGCUGCUCUGUCCGCAGAGCCAAAUGCCCAAGGCUUCCAUCCACAUCUCUACAAAACAGUGCCAGUACAGUAUCUCUUGGUCGCAGCUCGCAUGCAGCACCAUCGGGUAUUCAAACUUAGACGGAGAAUGGCAUCUCCUUACUUCUUUUUGUUCUCUGCUGUCGUGGAUAUCUUUGGGGCGAAUACUGCGCCGAAUAAGCGACACAAAAGGCAGAUAGAUUCCCUCUGUGGCUCGGAAAAUAUGCGGAAUAAUAUUCGUAUGCUGCCGAAUGUUUUACGGAGACCGGAAUGUCCAGGCAACGAAGCUGCCUAUAAGCAGCCCAAAUGA